AUGCCCGAAGAAACUGGCCCUCCUCAGUCUCCCCAGAACGGCAAGGUUGACGGCAGCCCGACCUCUCCGCAGAGCGACAAGUUCGAAGAGUGCCCAGCCUCUCCCCGACUCCCCCACCGUGCGUCCCUGUCCUCCUCCCUCUCCAACAUGUGGUCGGGACUCGUGCGAUCCUUCUCCUCCGCCGACGGCAGGACGUUGCCCUCCCAGUCGUCCGGAUCCCUGGCCGCCCAUACGUCGGCGGAUUCGUCGUCCUCCUCGUAUGAGCUGCCGCCGCUGGAGCCCGUGAGGUUGGAGGGGUAUACGUGGGCGUCGAAGCCGGGAUUGAGACUGAUGAGGAGCGAUCUUGCCGAGGAGAUUAGGCUGCUGAUUCCGGAGCGAUUGAAGCUAGCGGAUGAGUGGCAGCUGAUCUACAGCUUAGUGCAGGAUGGUGCGAGCUUGGGGACGUUGUACACUCGUGCGAAGAAGUUCAAGGGGCAGAGGGUUGGAUUCGUGCUCGUCCUUCGGGACACUCUUGGAGGGACCUUUGGCGCCUAUCUCUCGGAAUAUCCGCACCCAGCGCCCACCUACUUCGGAAACGGCGAAUGCUUCCUCUGGAAAUCCACCCUCAUAAAGGAUCCACUCCCCGACUCCUCUGCAGGCCCGACGCCUUCCACAGAUGGAGAGAGCACAACCUCUCCAUCCGAAACACCUUCCAACACCGCACAAGAUCUAUCCUCUUCCGGUGCUAACGGCACCGCCAAUGGCCCCUCUGCUAGUCCCCCAGAUGCGCCCCCAACCCCGACAACCCAUAUACGCUUCAACGCGUUUCCGUACACUGGCCUCAACGAUUUCUUCAUGAAUUGCGAAGCGAGCUUCUUCUCCAUCGGCGCCGGCUAUGGCCAUUACGGCCUCUGGGUCGACAGCAGCAUCGAACACGGGCAUACCGCCAAAUGCGAGACGUUUGGAAACGAGCCCCUGAGCCUACAAGGCGAGAAAUUCUACAUCAUCAACGCGGAAUUGUGGGCUAUUGGAGGAUGA